GCGGUGGCCGGCCGGGGAGGUGGCCUCGGCGCACAGUAAUGGCAGCGCUGUGAGCCGGGGAACGCGAGCUGACAGCCGCCGCCGCCCACCCUCCAAGCCGGGGGCUUCGUCCUUCACGCCUGCGGGUUGCCUCCCUCCCCGGGCCCCUGUCCUCGCCCUGCUUUUGCAGAAGGUUUCAACACUAACCUCGCACAAUGUCUUUAAAACCAAGAGUAGUGGAUUUUGAUGAGACGUGGAACAAGCUCCUAACUACCAUCAAAGCUGUUGUUAUGUUGGAAUACGUUGAGAGAGCAACGUGGAAUGACCGAUUCUCAGAUAUCUAUGCUUUAUGUGUGGCCUAUCCUGAACCACUUGGAGAAAGACUUUAUGUGGAAACAAAGAUUUUUUUGGAAAAUCACGUUCGGCAUUUGUACAAGAGAGUUCUGGAGUCUGAAGAGCAAGUGCUUGUUAUGUAUCAUAGGUAUUGGGAGGAAUACAGCAAGGGUGCCGAUUAUAUGGACUGCUUAUAUAGGUAUCUCAAUACCCAGUAUAUUAAAAAGAAUAAAUUGACAGAAGCCGAUUUACAGUACGGCUAUGGUGGAGUAGAUAUGAAUGAACCACUUAUGGAAAUAGGAGAGCUAGCAUUGGAUAUGUGGAGGAAGUUAAUGGUUGAACCCCUUCAGAACAUCCUCAUCCGAAUGCUGCUCCGAGAAAUUAAAAAUGAUCGUGGUGGAGAAGACCCAAACCAGAAAGUAAUCCAUGGGGUUAUUAACUCCUUUGUUCAUGUUGAACAGUAUAAGAAAAAAUUUCCCUUAAAGUUUUAUCAGGGAAUAUUUGUGUCUCCUUUUCUGACUGAAACAGGAGAAUAUUACAAGCAAGAAGCUUCAAAUUUAUUACAAGAAUCAAAUUGCUCACAGUAUAUGGAAAAGGUUCUAGGUAGAUUAAAAGAUGAAGAAAUUAGAUGUCGAAAAUAUUUGCAUCCAAGCUCGUAUACUAAAGUGAUACAUGAGUGCCAGCAGCGGAUGGUGGCAGACCACUUACAGUUCUUACACGCGGAGUGCCACAACAUCAUUCGGCAAGAGAGAAAGAACGACAUGGCAAAUAUGUACGUCUUACUCCGAGCUGUGUCCACUGGCUUACCUCAUAUGAUCCAGGAGCUGCAGAAUCACAUCCAUGACGAGGGCCUUCGAGCUACCAGUAACCUUACUCAGGAACAUAUGCCAACACUAUUUGUGGAAUCAGUUUUGGAAGUACAUGGUAAAUUUGUUCAACUUAUCAACACAGUUUUGAACGGUGAUCAGCAUUUUAUGAGUGCUUUAGAUAAGGCCCUUACAUCUGUUGUAAAUUACAGAGAACCCAAGUCUGUUUGCAAAGCACCUGAAUUGGCUCUUACAUCCUCUCUAAGUGACCUCUGUGUUGUCACCUUUGAAGUGUCUUUCCAAAGGGUCCUUUGUAAGAAUUAUUACCACUUUCUUUUUGAGCUUGCUAAGUACUGUGACAACUUGCUAAAGAAGUCAGCCAAGGGGAUGACUGAGAAUGAAGUAGAGGACAAGCUCACCAGCUUCAUCACUGUUUUCAAAUACAUCGAUGACAAAGACGUUUUUCAGAAGUUCUAUGCAAGAAUGCUAGCAAAGCGUCUAAUUCAUGGGCUGUCUAUGUCAAUGGAUUCUGAAGAGGCCAUGAUCAAUAAAUUAAAGCAAGCCUGUGGUUAUGAGUUCACCAGCAAGCUGCAUCGGAUGUACACAGACAUGAGUGUGAGUGCUGACCUCAACAACAAGUUCAACAAUUUCAUCAGAAAUCAAGACACGGUGAUAGACUUGGGGAUUAGUUUCCAAAUAUAUGUCCUUCAGGCUGGUGCAUGGCCUCUCACUCAGGCUCCUUCAUCCACAUUUGCGAUUCCCCAAGAGUUAGAAAAAAGUGUACAGAUGUUUGAAUUGUUUUAUAGCCAGCAUUUCAGUGGAAGGAAGCUGACGUGGUUACAUUAUCUCUGUACAGGUGAAGUUAAAAUGAACUAUUUGGGAAAACCAUAUGUAGCUAUGGUUACAACUUACCAAAUGGCAGUGCUUCUUGCCUUUAACAACAGUGAAACUGUCAGCUACAAAGAACUUCAAGACAGCACCCAGAUGAAUGAAAAGGAGCUAACCAAAACAAUCAAAUCAUUGCUUGAUGUGAAAAUGAUUAACCACGAUUCAGAAAAGGAAGAUAUCGAUGCAGAAUCGUCAUUUUCAUUAAAUAUGAGCUUCAGCAGUAAAAGAACAAAGUUUAAAAUUACUACGUCGAUGCAGAAAGAUACACCACAAGAACUGGAACAGACUAGAAGUGCUGUAGAUGAGGACCGGAAAAUGUAUCUUCAAGCUGCUAUUGUUCGUAUCAUGAAAGCGCGCAAGGUGCUUCGGCACAAUGCCCUCAUUCAAGAGGUGAUCAGCCAGUCAAGGGCCAGGUUCAACCCCAGCAUCAGCAUGAUUAAGAAGUGCAUAGAAGUUCUGAUAGACAAGCAGUACAUUGAGCGCAGCCAAGCAUCUGCAGAUGAGUACAGUUAUGUUGCGUGACACCCUCUCCUGGUGUGGGUGUGAGGUCAUCGCCGUCACCAUUCGGUGUGCUUCUGUGGGAAAAAGCAGGCCUGUGCCUCCAUACUUUGGUCAUUUGGCAGCCCCCGUUUUUCUGCUGUUUACAACAUCACCAGUGCCACGUCAUGAGCAUCAAAGAAAAUGCCUAGAGAUAUUUCAAGCUCAUGUCAUUAUGACAUUUCUUAAAACUUUAUUAAAAGAAUGAGUGAAGUAUUGCUGAAAUGUGGAAUUUGGUUGGGUACCAUGCUUUCUCCCCUUCACGUUUGCAGUUGAUGUGUUUUUUUUUUUUUUUAAUGUAUCUUAAAAGGACAUAAAAUAAAAACUUAAAUAUUGUAAUAUGACAGAUAACCUAAUAAUUGUAUCUACAUUAAAAUGACAAACAUGAUGUUGCUGCUUGUCAAAUAAAAAAAAAAUAAAGAAACCAUGCCUUUUCUAUGUCAUGGAAUAUCAGGUUGGACAGAAACAGGGCACUUGUAAAUGCCUGUGAGUCAUCUAAGCACCUACAGCAUUCUGUCUCGACGAUGAAGUUACACGGGCUCCUGUUUAACCAUCAGUUAAAACUUCCAGGUUUUUGUUUUUGAAUACGUAAAGUUGUAUUUGGUGUAAAAAAUGCUCUUUGUGAAUUUGAGCUAAAUGGCAUAAGCAACUUUUGCAUUUUGAGGAUGUAAUUCCAUCAGUGGCUUUGGUGAUGUGCAACACCACAGAAACGGAGCAGUGGCUACUGUGCAGUGACAUCAGCCUGGCAGAGAAAGGACUGCAUCGACAUGAUGGCUAAUGCUUAUCUCCCAGAGGUAUGGGAGGCUGUGGUUACAGUGACUUCCUGCUCUCCCUGCCUGUUGCUGGCACCCCUUCUCCAAUGCAGGUGACUCCCCAUCAAAAGUUGAUAGCGGUGCCCCUCAACACGCUGGUGUAUUGUGCCAGGCACCUUGUAUAGGGACAUGAAAUUUCAUCCACUUGUUUAUUGUAGAUAACAGGGGCAUCAACAUACUCUGGUCUAUCAUAUUAUCCAUCUGCCAUCCCCAUGUCAUAUUGCUGUUUUAAACCAGAGUGUUUAUAUCUCUAACAGAUAAGGCCUUAAACCCACAAUAAUAUAAUAUUCUGAACAAAUAAACAGUACUUAAUUUACA